AUGCGACAAGUAGAAUCUAAGGGAUAUUAUUUGGUCGCGGUGCACAAUGAGAACCCAGCUCGUCCCAUCGCCUCGUGCUCACAGUAUGGUGGAUGUGUGGCAACUAUCUUGAACUCAGUUGCCCACCGUGCAAAAUCUUUUGGUCGGGACCCAACUAAAUUGGGCAGGUGGGCAUAUGUGCGCGUCCAAGGCAAGAAGUUUGCAAUGCCCACACCAGACGAUCAAGUUCACGAAGCUUCCGACGCUUCAAGGAGUCGGUUCUCUAGGGAUUUGGUUGUGGUGUCUGCGUACCGACCUAACCCUCCGGGGACUGGGGAGUCUACAGUGUGGGCACAACACCAGAGUUUCUUUCGCUCCCAAGGUCAACAGCGUGAACCAAGGGAGGCCUUUAUGGUGGACCUACUUCGAGCCAUCACCCAGUGGCGCGAUGAAGAAUGUGAAGUAAUUUUGGGGGUCGAUGCCAAUGAGGACAUCAGCUCCACUAAGUCCUCUUCUUUUCAACAACGUCUUCGCACUGUUGGUAUGGAGGAAGCUAUGCUCCAACGACACCCCGGUCAAACGGCUGCCACUCAGCACCGGAACACAAGGGGCAAACCGAUCGAUGGCAUUUUCAUGACCUCUGGGGUGGCUGUACAGGCAGGAGGCUACUUAGAAUUGGUGGCACCGACUCUGGAAUCACUCCCCUGCAUACAUCGGAGGAACAUAUUGCCCUUGCCUCCACACCCAGUUUCGCAGCAACUUCCAAUAAAUGAUCCAAGAGAAAGGCAUACGGUACCACAACGACACUGA